CCCGGCCCCCGAGCACGCCGGCCCCGCGCGCGCCUCGAGGCCGAGUCAAGGUGUGAGAUGCACAAUGCGAAACCUAGGCCCCAGCUUUUGCACCAUGAUGCACAGGGUUGUACUUUUUGUACUGAACUGAUAGGUGGCCUAGUGGUUAUGCCCUGUACUACCAUUUUGAGGAUCUGGACACCGUUUCCUGCCUUGCUCUUUGGACCACAUUGUCAAUUCACACCGAAACUAUGUUCCAACUUCCUGUCAACAAUCUUGGCAGUUUAAGAAAAGCCCGGAAAACUGUGAAAAAAAUACUUAGUGACAUUGGGUUGGAAUACUGUAAAGAACAUAUAGAAGAUUUUAAACAGUUUGAACCUAAUGACUUUUAUUUGAAAAACACUACAUGGGAGGAUGUAGGACUAUGGGACCCUUCACUUACAAAAAACCAGGACUAUCGGACAAAACCUUUUUGCUGCAGCGCUUGUCCAUUUUCCUCAAAAUUCUUCUCUGCCUACAAGAGUCAUUUCCGGAAUGUCCAUAGUGAAGACUUUGAAAAUAGGAUUCUCCUUAAUUGCCCCUACUGUACCUUCAAUGCAGACAAAAAGACUUUGGAAACACACAUUAAAAUAUUUCAUGCUCCAAACGCCAGCGCACCAAGUAGCAGCCUCAGCACUUUCAAAGAUAAAAACAAAAAUGAUGGCCUUAAACCUAAGCAGGCUGACAGUGUAGAGCAAGCUGUUUAUUACUGUAAGAAGUGCACUUACCGAGAUCCUCUUUAUGAAAUAGUUAGGAAGCACAUUUACAGGGAACAUUUUCAGCACGUGGCAGCACCUUACAUAGCAAAGGCAGGAGAAAAAUCACUCAAUGGUGCAGUCCCCUUAGGCUCAAAUGCCCGGGAAGAGAGUAGUAUUCACUGUAAGCGAUGCCUUUUCAUGCCAAAGUCCUAUGAAGCUUUGGUACAACACGUCAUCGAAGACCAUGAACGCAUAGGCUAUCAGGUCACUGCCAUGAUUGGACACACAAAUGUGGUAGUUCCCCGAUCCAAACCAUUGAUGCUGAUUGCUCCCAAACCUCAAGAGAAGAAGGGCAUGGGACUCCCACCAAGAAUUGGUUCCCUUGCUUCUGGAAAUGUUCGGUCUUUACCAUCACAACAGAUGGUGAAUCGACUCUCAAUACCAAAGCCUAACUUAAAUUCAACAGGAGUCAAUAUGAUGUCCAAUGUUCAUCUACAGCAGAACAACUAUGGAGUCAAAUCUGUAGGCCAGGGCUAUGGCGUUGGUCAGUCAAUGAGACUUGGUCUAGGUGGCAACGCACCAGUUUCCAUCCCUCAACAAUCUCAGUCUGUGAAGCAGUUACUUCCAAGUGGAAAUGGAAGAUCUUAUGGGCUUGGGUCAGAGCAGAGGUCCCAGGCACCAGCAAGAUACUCCUUGCAGUCUGCUAAUGCCUCUUCUCUCUCAUCGGGCCAGUUAAAGUCUCCUUCCCUCUCCCAGUCACAGGCAUCCAGAGUAUUAGGUCAGUCCAGUUCCAAACCUACUGCAGCUGCCACAGGCCCUCCCCCAGCCAAUACUUCCUCAACUCAAAAGUGGAAAAUAUGUACAAUCUGUAAUGAGCUUUUUCCUGAAAACGUCUAUAGUGUGCACUUCGAAAAAGAACACAAAGCUGAGAAAGUCCCAGCAGUAGCCAACUAUAUUAUGAAAAUACACAACUUCACUAGCAAAUGUCUCUACUGUAAUCGCUAUUUGCCCACAGAUACUCUGCUCAACCACAUGUUAAUUCAUGGUCUGUCUUGUCCGUAUUGCCGUUCAACUUUCAAUGAUGUGGAAAAGAUGGCAGCACACAUGCGGAUGGUUCACAUUGAUGAAGAGAUGGGACCUAAAACAGAUUCUACUUUGAGUUUUGAUUUGACAUUGCAGCAGGGUAGUCACACUAACAUCCAUCUCCUGGUAACCACAUACAAUCUGAGGGAUGCCCCAGCUGAAUCUGUGGCUUAUCAUGCCCAAAAUAACCCUCCAGUUCCUCCAAAGCCACAGCCAAAAGUUCAGGAAAAGGCGGAUAUCCCUAUUAAAAGUUCACCUCAAGCUGCAGUGCCCUAUAAAAAAGAUGUUGGGAAAACCCUUUGCCCUCUUUGUUUUUCAAUCCUAAAAGGACCCAUAUCUGAUGCACUUGCACAUCACUUACGAGAGAGGCACCAGGUUAUUCAGACAGUUCAUCCAGUGGAGAAAAAGCUCACCUACAAAUGUAUCCAUUGCCUUGGUGUGUACACAAGCAACAUGACCGCCUCGACUAUCACUCUGCAUCUAGUUCACUGCAGGGGUGUUGGAAAGACCCAAAAUGGCCAGGAUAAGACCAAUGCACCCUCUCGGCUUAAUCAGUCUCCAGGCCUGGCACCUGUGAAGCGCACUUAUGAGCAAAUGGAAUUUCCCUUGCUGAAAAAGCGAAAGUUAGAUGAGGAUAGCGAUUCACCCAGCUUCUUUGAAGAGAAGCCUGAAGAACCUGUUGUUUUAGCUUUAGACCCCAAGGGUCAUGAAGAUGAUUCCUAUGAAGCCAGGAAAAGCUUCCUAACAAAGUAUUUCAACAAACAGCCCUAUCCCACUAGAAGAGAAAUUGAGAAGCUAGCAGCUAGUUUAUGGUUGUGGAAGAGUGACAUUGCUUCCCAUUUUAGUAACAAGAGGAAGAAGUGUGUCCGUGAUUGUGAAAAGUACAAGCCUGGUGUGUUACUGGGCUUUAACAUGAAAGAAUUAAAUAAAGUCAAGCAUGAGAUGGAUUUUGAUGCCGAGUGGCUCUUUGAAAAUCAUGAUGAGAAGGAUUCCAGAGUCAAUGCUAGUAAGACUGCUGACAAAAAGCUCAACCUUGGGAAGGAAGAUGACAGUUCCUCAGAUAGUUUUGAAAAUUUAGAAGAAGAAUCCAAUGGAAGUGGUAGCCCUUUUGCCCCUGUUUUUGAAGUUGAGCCUAAAAUACCUAACGAUAACCCGGAGGAACACAUACCGAAGGUAAUUCCUGAGGAUGCUUUAGAAUCUGAGGAAAAGCUAGACCAAAAACAGGAGGAUGGUUCAAAAUAUGAAACUAUUCAUUUGACUGAGGAACCACCGAAACUAAUGCAUGAUGCUUCUGAUAGUGAGGCUGACCAAGAUGAUGUUGUUGAGUGGAAAGAUGGUGCUUCUCGAUCUGAGAGUGGGCCUGGUUCCCAACAAGUGUCGGACUUUGAGGACAACACAUGUGAAAUGAAAACAGGAACCUGGUCUGAUGAGUCUUCCCAGAGUGAAGAUGCAAGGAGCAGUAAGCCAGCUGCCAAAAAAAAGGCUACCAUGCAAGGUGACAGGGAGCAGUUGAAAUGGAAGAAUAGUUCCUAUGGAAAAGUUGAAGGAUUUUGGUCCAAGGACCAGUCACAGUGGAAGAAUGCAUCAGAGAAUGAUGAGCGUUUAUCUAACCCCCAGAUUGAGUGGCAGAAUAGCACAAUUGACAGUGAGGAUGGGGAGCAGUUUGACAACAUGACUGAUGGAGUAGCUGAGCCGAUGCAUGGCAGCUUAACCGGAGUUAAACUGAGCAGCCAACAGGCAUAAGUGCCAGGUUCAUCGGUGACAUGUUACAGCCUGGACCUCUGUUAUUUCUUAUGACUGCAAAGAAGGGAUAUCUUCUGACUGGUACUGCCUUGUGAGUACUGGUCAGCAGGCUGUGGGGACGUGGUCGCUGCAGUCCCAGUGGUGAUUUCUAAGUCUACAUGAUUGGCUGGUCUUGCUUCAGAACCUUCUCUGACAAACAUGGUAACUAAAUGUGAAAAACUAAUAAGCUGGUGGCUCAUGAACGCACACAGGAAAAGCAGAGGUUUAUUUUAUCUGCCUUUUCAACGUUUCUUUCCCUCUGUAAAAUGUUUGGUUGGCUGUCCUUGAGAAGCAUUAUCCUGAUUCACAUGGUAGUAUAGGGCCAACAUACAAGCUGCCAGUCUAAUGUGUAUAGAAGACUUUGGGAAAAUCGGUUUUUUUCAUGUAUUCAUUCUGAAUAGUUGAAAUGUAUAUUUGUACAGUCUUUUAGAUCUAUUCAAGUGAUGCUUAUGAUAUUGUUACUGUGUGCUUAUCAUAGAUUUCUUUUUUUAGUGUUGCCCUUGCUGUGUAAUAAAUGCUAUAUCUAGUUUACCUAGCAAAAGCUUGAAACGGCGCUAGUAUGGACUUUUGGACAAACUUAGUUUUUGCACAUAACCUUGUACAAUCUUGCAACAGAGGCCAGCCACAUAAGAUAUAUAUCUGGACUCUCUUGUAUUAUAGAAUUUUUCUUGUUCUGAAUAUCCUUGACAUUACAGCUGUCAAAAACAAAAACUGAUAUUUCAGAUCCAUUUUCUGAAAUCUUUUAAGCUAAAAAUCACAUGGAAGCAUUGACUUUGCAGCUACUAAUUUUGACACUUUUAGAUCUGUAUAAAAAGUGUGUUGUGUUGAAGCAGCAAACCAAUGAGUGCUGCAUUUUGGGUAUUUAGUUUUAUCUUUAGUUAAACACCAUUCUGGUGUAUUCAUUUAUACCAUCUAAUAUAUGACACACUGUUGUAGUAUGUAUAAUUUUGUGAUCUUUAUUUCCCUUUGUAUUCAUUUUAAACAUCUAAAUAAAUUGCUGUAUUGUGCUUAA